UUUUCAGAAGUUUUCCUGGUGAAGCAAAGGGUGUCUGGGAAGCUCUUUGCCCUGAAAUGCAUCAAAAAGUCUCCUGCCUUCCGGGACAGCAGCCUGGAGAAUGAAAUCGCAGUAUUGAAAAAAAUCAAGCAUGAGAACAUCGUGACCCUAGAAGACAUCUAUGAGAGCUCUACACACUACUACCUGGUCAUGCAACUAGUUUCUGGGGGAGAGCUGUUCGACCGGAUUCUGGAGCGAGGAGUUUACACUGAGAAGGAUGCCAGCCUGGUGAUUCAGCAGGUCCUAUCAGCAGUGAAAUACCUCCAUGAGAAUGGCAUUGUGCACAGGGACUUAAAGCCUGAAAACCUGCUCUACCUCACCCCAGAUGAGAACUCCAAAAUCAUGAUCACAGACUUUGGUCUCUCCAAGAUGGAGCAGAGUGGUGUGAUGUCCACAGCCUGUGGGACUCCUGGCUAUGUGGCUCCUGAGGUGUUAGCUCAGAAGCCAUACAGCAAGGCUGUGGAUUGCUGGUCCAUCGGAGUCAUCACCUACAUUUUGCUGUGCGGGUACCCCCCCUUCUACGAGGAAACGGAAUCCAAGUUGUUUGAGAAGAUCAAGGAAGGCUAUUAUGAAUUUGAGUCUCCCUUCUGGGAUGACAUUUCUGAGUCAGCCAAAGAUUUCAUUUGCCACUUGUUGGAGAAGGACCCCAGUGAGAGGUACACCUGUGAGAAGGCUCUGAGUCACCCCUGGAUUGAUGGAAACACCGCCCUUCACCGGGACAUCUACCCAUCUGUUAGUCUCCAGAUCCAAAAAAAUUUCGCCAAGAGCAAAUGGAGGCAAGCCUUCAAUGCUGCUGCUGUGGUACAUCAUAUGAGAAAACUACACAUGAACCAGCACGCCUCGGAGACCCGCCGAGAGUCAGAAGGAGUUCGAGCCACCACCGAGCAGACAUCUGAGCCCUCCAAGCCCGGUGCCCCCGUGCUCAGCAGCCCCAAGGCCCCUCCUCUAGGCGAGAAGCUGGCAGCUCCCCUAUCCACCUGGGUACCCUGCCAGCAUGGCCCCUGUCACCCCGCCCUGAACAGCACCAUCUCUGAGAGCAAGUCCGUCAAUUGCCUCAUCAAUGGCUCCCUGCAGAUCAGCAGUAGCCUUGUUCCCAUGCACCAUGGGGCCCUGGGCAGAGGGCCCUGCGGCUGCUGCUCCAGCUGUCUGAACAGCGGGGAGAAAGGAAAGGCAUCCUUUGGCUCCGAACCAUCCCUCUUCAAAAAGGCCAACAAAAAACAGAACUUCAAGUCAGAGGUUAUGGUCCCUGUUAAAACCAGUAGCCACUCUCACUGCCGUUCUGGGCAGACUGGAGUCUGUCUGAUCAUGUGA